AUGAAGAGUGUGGUCGCUUCCCUCCUGGCAGUCAUGGUCAUCACUAGCCUUUGCUCUGCACAGAAACCCCACGGUAAGCUUCACAACAGAUAAUAACUUUGAAUAUUCCAUGGUCCUCUUGUUUUCUUAUGAGGCGUGUAGAAUCGUAUAAAUGCUCAAUAACUGCUAAUUAAUUAUUCCCGAUUAGAUUACAACAAUGCAUCGCGAAUACUAUAAAGUCUUCAAAUCCUGUCUAAAAUUACCACACAUUUCAUAAACUUGUUUACAAAGUUUUUCGUAAAUGUUACGACAGUCAGGGUCCUAUGACGUAUACCCAUAAGAGUUGUCAUCCUUUCACGGAAAAGUUUGUCCCAUAAAGCGUCUAAAUGUAUGUUUUUAUUACAGCCAGAAAAGGCGAACUGGUCGAAUCGAACGAUGAGAUGCUUGCCAGAAUACAGGGUCAGCUACUGAAUGCACUAGAGAUGCUGCAAGUAUACCAAGAAGGUGAGAAAUUUUGUCUGUAACUUCAGUAUUGAACGCUAAGCAUCAUUAAUAUGAUACUUUCAGGACCAGAAACCCCCCAAGUUGUCGGAAUCUCGCCUAGCCAAAUGAAAUUCACGGAAAAAAGAAGAAAUAAAUUCGAAUUCAUCCGAUUCGGAAGACGUUGA